AGGGGUGGGGCGCAGGGCGGCUGGCCCGGGCUAGAGGAAAGGCUCAAGUCGGCUAGUUCCUUAGCUGAACCCGUCAGCCACCGCAAUUAAUUAAUGUAUUCGCGUCAUAUUUACAAACUUUCGGUGCAUCCACUUUUCAGUCUGACGCGUUUUUGAGCGUGAGAAAAAACGAUUGCAGCCUGACAAAAUGUCAGAGCCUUCGGUUGCUGACACUCGCCGGCUGAAUUCCAAGCCUCAGGACCUGUCGGACGCAUACGGUCCACCCAGCAAUUUUCUGGAGAUAGACGUUUUUGAUCCACAAAUCGUUGGAGUCGGCCGACACCGGUACACAACCUAUGCAGUUCGGAUGCGGACCAACCUUCCCAUUUUCAAAUUGAAAGACUCCUGCGUGACGAGACGAUACAGUGACUUCGAGUGGUUAAAGAAUGAGCUUGAGCGAGACAGCAAGAUUGUAGUACCUCCUCUCCCGGGUAAAGCCCUGAAGAGACAGUUGCCAUUCCGAAGCGACGAAGGGCUUUUUGAGGAGUCGUUCAUCGAGGAGCGGCGGUCUGCUUUGGAGCAGUUUAUCAACAGAAUUGCAGGUCACCCUUUGGCCCAGAACGAGCGCUGUCUGCACAUGUUCCUCCAAGAGGCUGAGAUUGACCGGAACUACAUUCCCGGAAAAGUACGACACUAAGCAUACCGAGGGCUGGGGCGGCGGGCGAUGGGGCUUUAAAUGUAGAAUGGACUUCUUCUGUCUCAUUAUCAAGUCAAAACGCACUCAGUUUUGGAGCAUGUCUUUCCACUGUGCAUCUAUAUGACUCGUAUCUUGCGUGCGCUUUUGUUUUAUGACUACAAACUGAAAGUAGUUUGUCAUUGUACAGUGAAAUUCAGGCUUUUAUUACAAAUUACUACAUGCAUUCUUUUCCCUCGUGGCUGUCAUAAACAUGAUUGUAAUAUACUGUGAAUAAAAUAGAUUCAUGUUGAAUUGUCUCAUGCGAUUUCUGAUCCUGUUCUCUUUGUUUUUUGUUUUUUUUUUUAGGUUUGAGUGAAAUGCCUGCACCUGCCCCAUUUCUUUCGACACCUUAUCAGUUCCAACCUAGAGGCGGAAACAACACAAUUAUUGCUCCAAUGUAUACAUCCUUUGUUCUCUGUCUAUCAUUCCUAUUAUGUGCAUUAUUAAAUUGUAA